AUGGCGGCCGACGACCUCAUCAACUUCGACGAGAUCGAACCUCACAAGGAGAACAUCCAGCGCGUGCAAGGCGGCCGGUCAGCAAGAGCGCUCGCAGCCGUCCUCUCACCCAGGAAUGCCGACAAUGCAUUGAAGCCCAUCCCCUCAGACCAAGAGAAGAUCAAUAACGUCAAGCGGCAAGAAUUCGAAAAAGAGCUCGAGACCAUUGACGAGUCGGACGACCCGCUCGACGUCUACGACCGCUACGUGAAAUGGACAUUCGACACAUACCCCAACCCCGCUUCGCAGCAAUCACAGCUGCUGCCGCUGCUCGAGAGAGCAACCAAGGCGUUCCUCAAGUCGCCGCACUACAAAAACGACCCGCGCUACCUCAAGCUCUGGCUCAACUACAUCAAGCUCUUUUCCGACGAGCCGAGGCAGACGUUCGCCUUCUUGGCCCGCCACAACAUCGGCGACGGCCUCGCGCUCUUUUACGAGGAAUUCGCCGCAUACUUGGAGACGCAGGGACGGUGGAACCAGGCCGAAGAGGUGUUCUCGAUGGGCGUUGACAAGGAAGCGCACCCGCCUGCCCGCCUCUUGCGCAAGUACGGCGAGUUCCAGCAGCGCAUGGAGGCGCGCGACCAGGACAGCAACGGCCCGUCGAGCCCCGCUCUUCCGGUCGUCAGGGCGGCGCUGGCGGACAAGGGCGACGCUUUCGGCCCGGCCACCGGCUCGCCCAACCCUCAAGGGGGCGCUACGACCAAGAAGAAGGCAAAGAUGGCCAUCUUCGCCGACUCGGAGGAGCCGAAGCAGUCCGUCUUGGGCGGCGCUGGCAGGAAGGGCGAGUCGCUCCAGACGAUGGCGGAGCGCAGGAAGGAGAACAAGCAGGAAGCGCAGGCUUGGGCAGGGCAGAAGCUCAAUGGGGGCAAGAGGAACGUCGGCGCGGAGAAGCUGAUGAUCUUCAAGGACCAGUCCGUAUCAGAAUCUCUUCUUGCAGAGAAUAGCUCCAUGCGUGAAGCUCAGCAAACCGUCAACCCGCGGACGGGCAAGAUCGAGCGCGUCUUCGUGAACCUAGAGGCUGUGUACCCGAAUGCGGAUGACCCCAUGGCCGCCGAGUUUUGCUUCGAGGAGCUCCGGGCGAGGCACAGGGGAUGGAUGAAGUACGACUGGAAAGCAAUCAACCGCCGGGAUGCGGAGCAGCGGAAGCAAGAGCAGGCCAGAAAGCAGAACACGGAGAGGAAAGCGCUGAAGCCGAAAGACCCGCAGCAGUCUCCGGUGAAGGACCCGGCUGCUAUGCUUGCUAAAGGUUUGAAGCAGAGCGUUGCGCUCAACGAUGUUAACGAUGAGAAUGCACCGCCGUCGCAGGAAGAAAUUCAGAGGGCUAAGCUGCUGAAGAAGCAGCGCAAGGAGGAGCGUGCGAACCGGACGAGGAAGAUCAAGGUCAUGGAAGUUCAAAAUGAGACGCAGACGAUACGAGCAAACCUUGGCUCCCCGACAGGCCACAAACCGGUGAGGAGAAAGAAGACUGCGGAGCCAACAAUGACGAUCAACACCAAAGAGGCCAUGGACGAAAUCUAUGGCAUCUUCAACCAGCCUCUUAAAGCGGCCAAGGAGGAGUCUGAAGAGGAGGAAAGUGAGGAAGAGAGCGAUGACGAUGACACGUACACCAGCGGAGGUGAGAGUACUUGCACUGGUAGGAUGUCCGGCACGGAGAGCGAAUACGGGGACGAGACGACGCGAGGCGACUUCACCAUGAGGAGCGCAAUGGACGACGACGAUACCAAUGCCAGCCGGGCGAGCGCAUGGUCAGAGUUUACGGAAAGCAAGCAUGUGCCCAGAGACGAAGAUUCGGAAGAAAGCGGGUCGGAAGAAGGUGAGAGCGAAGAAGAGACAGAAAAAUCGACGAUGCAAGUCCACGAGGACGAAGGGUAUGGAGGCUCACAAGAACCAGAGGACCUCCACACGCCGACUUCACCUCAACAUAAACCGACAAGCUUCGUCCCUGUACCGCCGGAAGACGUCGAGGUUCCUAGAUGGACGUAUCGGGACCAAGUGCAAAUGGCUAACAACCGUCUGCCGUUCAUGACGCCCAUCGCUGAAAAGACCGAGUCGUCGCUCGGUGCCGCGACGGUGCUGGCAGAGCAGAAGGACUUUUUCAACGCGAAGACGCCGAGCCGCCAGCCAGGAGGAAAGACACCUACUAUCCUGGAGGAUCAGACCGAAGACCUCAGCGGAUCGUUCAACGAAAUCUUGGAAGAAGCCCUGAAAGAGAAUGGCGGCAGAAUGAUGCAACCCGCUCUGCCCAAGCCCAAGGACUCGAGGUCCAAGCCCGCUCCUCUGGGCGUCUCGAAAUCAACCGUUGCGCAGGAGGCCAAGGACGUCCUGCCCAAGGGUCCCCUCAUCCAGGACAAGCAGUGCAACCCCGUAGAUGAGCACAUCCGCCAGACGAUCUUGGAGAACGUUCACCCGCCGCUUUCGACUUACGACGGAUACCACGCCGAGCUUGACCGUUCUUUCGGCCGCCACGCGGAGAUCAAGAAGUUCACCAAGGCAAUUGCCAAGGCGAAGAAUGGUGGUGACAGGACUGGAGGCAACUUCGUCGCCCCGACUAUCUACUUCGACGGCGGCGACAGGGAAUACACCAUCAAGCGUCAGCUCGGCGAAGGUGCAUUCGCUCCCGUGUACCUUGCCGAAAGCAGAAACAUCGGCAUGGAGGUGGAUGAAGACGAAGGGCCAGCGCAGAUGGGCAAGGGCGCAUUCGGCGCUCUCACGCGCAAGCCGCUCGAAGCCAUCAAGAUGGAAGACCCGCCCUCUGCCUGGGAAUUCUACAUCAUCCGCCAGGCGCACCGUCGUCUGGGCGUGUCCCGCGCCGCCGAGUCGAUCAUCCACGCUUACGAGAUGCGCAUGUUCCGCGACGAGUGCUACCUGGUGCUCGAGUACCGCGACCAGGGCACGCUCCUGGACCUUGUCAACGUCGCCCGCGCCGAAAUCACGACCGGUGGGCCCGGCGUCAUGGACGAGCAGCUCGCCAUGUUCUUCUCCAUCGAGCUGCUGCGCACCGUCGAGGCGCUGCACGCCAAGGGCAUCAUCCACGGCGACCUCAAGGCCGACAACGUCCUGGCCCGCCUGGAAACAUCGAUGACGGAUGGCCAGUGGUCGUCGCAGUACCGCGCCGACGGCUCGGGCGGCUGGUCGCGCAAGGGCAUCUCGCUCAUCGACCUGGGGCGCGGCAUCGACAUGCGGGCGUUCCGGCCCGAAGUGCAGUUCAUCGCCGACUGGAAGACGACCGAGGCCGACUGCGCCGAGAUGCGUGAGAUGCGGCCCUGGACGUUCCAGGUCGACUACCACGGGCUCGCCGCCACCAUCCACUCGCUACUGUUUGGCAAGUACAUCGAGACGGUUGCUGAAAGAGGUGCGGCCCUCGGUGCGGGCGCGACGAAGACGUAUCGCCUCCGUGAGAGCUUCAAGCGCUACUGGCAGACGGAGCUGUGGGCUGAGCUGUUCGACCUCUUGCUCAACCCGACCAAGUGGAUGGAGCAGGAGGAGGGCCAGCGGCUGCCGGUGCUGAGGGGGAUGAAGAGGUGUAGGGAGGGGAUGGAACGGUGGUUGGAGGCGAAUUGCGAGAGGGGCGUUGGCUUGAAGGGAUUGGUUAGGAGGAUGGAGGAGAGGGUGGGCGCGAAGAAGGGGAGGUUGAGUUCUUAG